AGGAGAAAGAAAAUUCUCUCUCUCUGAGUACUUCUUUCGAUCCAACGUUCCUUUCUCUUUCUGGAGAGAAACCCAAAUCAUAAAAACUCAUUUCAAGCACAAACAUAUCCAAAAACCCAAAUCCAAAUGCAUGGUUUUGAUGCUUUUCCUAGUGCAAAAACCCCUGAAACCAAAAUCAAACUAGAGAGAUUUCUUCUAUUUACUAAUCUUUCUAUCAAAAGCUAUGUGUAGUUUGUCUUGGCUGAGGAUGGAAAAUGAUCAAGGAGAUCUUGCAGACAUAGUUCGAGCCAGCUGCCACGGUGGGAGACCGACCAAUCCAUCCAACGAUUGGCAAUUCCCUUCUCUGCCUGUUAACGUUCCACCGUCGACCGAUGAACCCAUGUACGGUUUUGGCGAUCCCUUCUUUAAUAUGCAAGAUCCUAUGGUGUAUGGAUUAGAUGUGGCAGGUCCCAUGUUCUUCGACGGUUCGGAUUCUCCAGGUGGUAUGGUUGAGAUGAACGUGGAGGAAGACGAGAGCGUUGGUAGUGUUCUCAGUCCCAAGAUUUCAGAUGGGGAGGUGCAGAUGCCUUGUAAUUUCUUCUCUAGAAUGUUACAGAUAUCUACAAAUCCAAAGAUGCCAAUUACAUCUUGUGAAAAUUCUUCAGCAGCGAUGGUGGCGAAGCCGGCUUCACCGGCAGGAAUUAUAUCUACUUCAUUAGAUGGUAAUCACAAUAUUACAAGAAAUACAUCUGCACCCAGUUUGGCUGAGAACGGUGGGCUGCAGAUUUCAUCGCAACGGAAUUUGGGAAUCAAGAGAAGGAAGGGCCAAGCAAAGAAGGUGGUAUGCAUACCAGCGCCAGCACCUACAAACAGUAGGCCCGGUGGAGAGGUGGUCCCAUCUGAUCUUUGGGCCUGGAGAAAGUAUGGACAAAAACCCAUCAAGGGUUCUCCUUAUCCAAGGGGUUAUUACAGAUGCAGCAGCUCCAAAGGUUGCUCAGCAAGAAAACAAGUGGAGCGGAGUCGGACCGAUCCAAACAUGUUAGUGAUCACAUACACUUCAGAACACAACCAUCCAUGGCCCACCCAAAGAAACGCACUGGCGGGGUCCACUAGAUCACAACACAUGAAGAAGGAAGCACCUUCAAAGAAUCCAUCAUCUUCUCAAAUGCCAAAACCAACGGAUGUGAAGGAAGAACGCAAGGAGAACGAUGAGGACAAUGCAGCAUCGGACGUGAUCAUCACAGGGGGGAUGAAGGAUAUCAGAACCAUUAAAGUGGAGGUAGGGGAGAGAGAGAAGUCGAUAGACGGUGCCGAUCGUGAUGGAGAAUUUGAUCUGGGUUUUUAUGAUAAUUGCGAUUAUAGACCGUUGGUGCCAUCAGGUGCAAAUCGUUCGGAUGAUUUCUUCAUGUAUUUGGGAGAAUUGGAGCCUGACCCACUAAAGCUUAUGUUCUCCCAAGGUAUCAGUGGAGAGAAAUCUGAUGGAGGGAGAGAAAACAACGGCUUGGAUCCUUUUAGCCUCUUUGAUUGGUGAGGACAUGUGAUCAUUUCUCGAGCUUGUACAAGUGGGCCCAUGGAGAUAGUAUCUCUACCGUGGAUCACGCAUGCCCCCAAGAAUAUCAAAGAUUGGAAAAUCCUGAUCAUCCAAUCUUUGGCUUCCCUUUAUUGAAUGUGGACAUUUGCUGUAAUUUUCUUCAUAAUCGACUAUCUGGCCUCCAGUUGAAUGGUUUGGAUUGUCCCUUAUUAGAUAUUUUUAAGGAUGGUCUAUCCAUUGUGGGGCCCAUCGAUUGACAACGUGGAUCACCAAUCUAUUGGCCCCCCUUGUAGAAACUCAAGAUCUGAAGAUACUAUUCAUGUCCUUAAGAUGAGGAAUAUCAUAUAAUUCCUCACAAAACAAGUCUAGCGUGUGUAUGUUGUGGUGCA